CGUCGCAGUUGUCACCGUCACGUCUGACGCAUCUCAUUCCGCUACUGGUUUGUUAUGACAGUUUGCACGUCAUGCUGUGUCGUGUUAGAGUUCGAUAGACGAGCUUGUUAGGGAUAAAAGUAGACACGAUUGUGAUCUCGAGAUUAUAAAGCUCGCAUAGAAUGACGGCACGUUACGUUGAUACACGUUGAGAUUUACGAAGCGACGCGCAGCAUGCUCGCCGAGGAUGAAAUUAUGGAGCAGAAUUGCCCGGAGAAGAAGACCAUUCGAUUCCGCAAUACUGGCAAGUCCAAAAGGCACGUCUCACCUAAUAAUAAACGAGUAGAGAAUGUCGAAUCUCCGCACUACAGGCAACAGUUCUCGGAGACGCAAGAUUUGGACAAGAAACAAGGUGUAUCAUUGAUGCAAUUUUUGAGGACAGAAUUAACAAGAGGUUAUCAGUUGGAACACGAUGAGGAGAGAUUCUCUGCCAGAAGGGAGAAGAUUUAUUCAUUCUUACAAAUACCUAAUGAAGUGGAAAAGUUUAUGGUUUAUGGUUUUCUUCAGUGUGCAGAUUCCUUUCUCUUUGUGUAUACAUUUUUACCAUUGAGAUUUGCAAUGGCUCUAUGGGCAGUGAUUACACGGCCUUUGCGACAUUGUUUGAGAAGUGGAAAGUUUCGUGCAAAAAACACAGGAAAGUAUUUAAGCCCAGCAGAAGUGUGUGAUUUGCUAAAAGGAGCUGUAGUAGUGGGUUGUUGGGCAGCCACCUGGAAAGUAGACACCUCUAUGAUGUAUCAUUUAGUUAAGAGUCAAUCGGUUAUAAAAUUGUAUAUAUUCUACAACAUGUUAGAAGUGGGAGAUCGUCUUUUCAGUGCUUUUGGUCAAGAUAUUAUAGAUGCUCUGCUUUGGACUGCCACAGAACCGCGCUCGCGUUCAUCCCGUACGCAACAUUUGGGUACACUGCCGCAUUUGCUAUUUGUUGUCGUCUAUGUGUUGUUGCAUAGUAUACUGGUAUUAUUUCAAGCUACAACGUUGAAUGUAGCAAUUAACAGCAGUAACAAGGCUCUCCUCACGAUCAUGAUGUCUAACAAUUUUGUAGAACUGAAGGGUUCAGUUUUCAAGAAAUUCGACAAGAACAACUUGUUCCAAUUAUCUUGUUCAGAUGUCAGGGAGAGGUUUCACUUGACCAUGCUGCUGCUUGCAGUGAGUUUGCAAACGAUGAAGGAGUACGCAUGGCACAGCGAUCGUCUUGCUGUUCUGCUGCCCGAUUGCGCGUUGGUGUUAUUCGCUGAAGUUCUCGUUGAUUGGGUGAAACACGCGUUCAUCACACGUUUCAACGAGUUGCGCUUCACUGUCUACCGAGACUACACGGUGAGUCUUGCGUAUGAUAUGGCGCAAACUCGCAAAGAGACCGCAUUCUCGGAUCCUUCGGACUUGGUCGCACGACGAAUGGGCUUCAUACCUCUUCCGUUGGGUGUGGCUAUGGCACGCGUCCUAUGCACAACUGUGACACCAUCCGCGAGACCAGCAAACCUGAUACUUCUGCUGUUGGCUUAUUUUAUACUGGUAGCUCUUCGCAUAUUGAACAGUAUAAUUAUCCUUGGUAGAGCGUGCGACUUGAUGUCGUCGCGCACGCAUGCCGAGAAGGGGGACGCGGAUUCGAAACCUCCGCAAUUAACGAAACGUGCUAACAGCGUCGACAUGAAGAAACCGAGUCUUGGCACGGCGAUCUUCUCGAACAGUGCUGUCAGCCUGAACAACGUCUGCUUGAACGAGGCGUUUCUCCAGGAAGAUGAGGCAACGACGGCAGCACAGAAAACUGAGAAGCUCGCGUGUAAUGUGAACGACCUUACCGUGACAAAAACUGUGCUAAGGACAGGAAGCGAGCCCCUCCUCCCACAAUGACGAAACUUAAUAGUACAAUUGAAACGUAACAGUUUUCUAUUUAUGAAUGUACAUAUUUUUUCUGUUGUACAUAUACACAUGUGCGUAUCGACGUUAUCUUACAAUAAUACUUACCAAUAAUGUUUCUAUGUACAUGUGUAUAUAAAGGGUUAAUAAAUUUGGUUACUAUUUAUUUGUAUA